ACAACACUCCCGCUUCUCAUUUCACACCUACUAUAAAUACCAACUCAAAUCCAAUAUUCCCUUCAAACCAUUUUCCAUCAAUUUCCCGAGAAACAAACAACAAAAGCAACUACAUUUCCUUUCUCAAUGGCUCGUACCAAGCAGACAGCAAGAAAGUCCACCGGAGGAAAGGCUCCAAGGAAGCAACUGGCGACCAAGGCAGCAAGGAAGUCGGCUCCCGCCACCGGAGGAGUGAAGAAGCCACAUCGUUUCAGGCCCGGAACUGUGGCCCUUAGGGAGAUCAGAAAGUACCAGAAGAGCACUGAGCUUUUGAUCCGAAAGCUUCCGUUCCAGAGAUUGGUGAGGGAAAUCGCUCAGGACUUCAAGACCGAUCUUCGAUUCCAGUCUAGCGCCGUUUCUGCUCUUCAAGAGGCUGCGGAGGCUUACUUGGUGGGUCUCUUCGAAGACACCAAUCUGUGCGCCAUUCACGCUAAGAGGGUUACCAUCAUGCCUAAGGAUAUUCAGUUGGCUCGUAGGAUCAGAGGCGAGAGAGCUUAGGGUUUCAACACAUUUUACUCAUUCCUCUUUUCUUCUGUAAACAUUUAUAUUAUGACUAAUUGGGUUGUUAGCUUCUCUUCUUACUGUUUGAUCUAAUUAAUGAAAUAUUAGUCAUUUCAAGAA